CAUUAUACUUGCGUAACUGAAGCCCAUGUAAAGCGGCCGGGGUUGUAGUGGUGCUGGCUGUGGUACCAGUAUAAUGAGACCAUUGGGUCUCCAGUCUGCAAUCACUGUGUUCCCGCAGGGCCGCCAGCCGAAUCCUCUCCAGAGCCCAGCUAUUGCUGCAGUCAGUAUGUCUGCUUCUGUUACUCCGCCGUCUUUGAAGCUGACCUACCCUGAAACUCUAGACCGCAUCAAAGAGGAGUUCCAGUUUCUUCAGAGCCAAUAUCACAGUUUAAAGUUGGAAUGUGAAAAGCUUGCUACUGAAAAGACAGAAAUACAGCGGCAUUACGUCAUGUAUUAUGAAAUGUCCUAUGGGCUGAAUAUAGAAAUGCACAAACAGAGCUCUGUAACUUUGACCAAUGCAGAGAGAGGGAGACUGUCGCUGGAUUUGACGAAUAGCAGCAAAAAGCGAAAGGCAGAUGACAAGGAUUCCCAGACAGACUAUGGUAGUGAUGCAGAGCGAAGUGAGGAUAACCUGGUAGUAGAUGAGGAUCCUGCCUCCCCUCAUAGUGUGCAGUCCUAUUCUUCCCGUGAAAAUGGUAUGGAAAGGGGUUAUCCACAACGCAGAGAUGCAGCUCCACCUAGUCCAACAUCUGUUUGUUCAUCUGCUGGUGCUUCUCCGUCAAGGAUAAAGGAUUUAACAAUGGCUGAAAAAUUGACUGCUCCCAUGUUGAAGUCUGGCACAGUAACAACUGCAGGGGAUACUAGCACCCGAGGUACCAGCAACAUUGCACAGAUUCGACAGACAUCUAGCAAAUCGACAGUGGAUUCGUUAGGACUGCGAGCAUCUCUGAAUGCUCAAGGGUCCUACCCAGCUGCAUUUGCCAUCGCACACACUGGAGUUAAUGGAGAAACGACAGGAACCAGUUCAUACGCGGGCUUCCAUCUUCUGUCGGCACACAUCAAUGGAGCAACAGCAGCUGCCACUUACGCACGCUCCCCAACAGUGGGAUAUGAUUCGCACCUUCGAGCAACAGGAAUUUCUGCCCCUGUGCAUUCAGUAGCUUCUGCAAAACCUGCCUACUCAUUCCAUGUGAGUGCAGAUGGACAACUACAGCCAAUGCCUUUCUCUCCUGAUGCAGUGAUUGGCACCGGAAUUCCUCGACAUGCCCGGCAGGUCCACUCUCUUAGCCAUGGGGAGGUGGUGUGUGCUGUCACCAUCAGCAGUUCCACACGGCACGUCUAUACUGGUGGGAAAGGUUGUGUGAAAGUCUGGGACAUAAGCCAACCUGGGAACAAGACCCCUGUUGCCCAGCUGGACUGCCUGAACCGGGAUAACUACAUUCGGUCAUGUAAGCUUCUUCCAGAUGGGCGGACUCUGAUUGUAGGUGGUGAGGCUAGCACAUUGUCAAUCUGGGAUCUGGCAACUCCAACUCCACGGAUAAAGGCAGAGCUGACAUCAUCAGCACCGGCAUGUUACGCACUGGCCAUCAGUCCCGACGCUAAAGUCUGCUUCUCCUGCUGCAGCGAUGGAAACAUUGUGGUGUGGGACCUGCAGAAUCAAACCCUUGUCAGACAGUUUCAGGGUCACACAGAUGGGGCAAGCUGCAUUGAUAUUUCCAAUGAUGGGACCCGGCUGUGGACAGGAGGGCUGGAUAAUACAGUACGAUGCUGGGAUCUGCGAGAGGGUCGUCAACUACAACAGCAUGAUUUCACCUCUCAGAUUUUCUCAUUGGGUUACUGUCCAUCUGGAGAGUGGUUGGCAGUGGGCAUGGAAAGCAGCAACGUGGAAGUCUUGCACAUUUCCAAACCAGAAAAGUACCAGCUGCAUCUACAUGAGAGCUGCGUUCUUUCCCUGAAGUUUGCUUCAUGCGGUAAAUGGUUUGUGAGUACUGGAAAGGAUAACUUGUUGAACGCUUGGAGAACACCUUAUGGGGCCAGCAUCUUCCAGUCUAAAGAGUCAUCAUCUGUUUUGAGUUGCGACAUAUCCACAGAUGAUCAGUUUAUUGUCACUGGUUCUGGGGAUAGGAAGGCUACAGUGUAUGAAAUAAUUUACUGAGGACUGACACUGAUUCUUCAAAACUUUGAAUUCAGCGAGUGAACAAAGAUUCUGUAUUUUCUUCAAAUUCACACUUGCUAGAGACUAGAGGACUUGAAGACUGGAUCUGGUGCUGUUCAAUGGGGUUCGCUGCCUAUCAUCUUGUAAACAGAGGAGCUGUCCCACAGAAGGAUAGGCUUAAGAGUUUUGUAGCUCUUACAUUGGAGUAUUAAGUGUGAUGUUGAUGAGACCCAGCGUCCUGGGUGCAAACCCCUUCAUGGAAAUUUGAUGUAGUGAAAACCUUUCGUAUUAUAAACUGGGAUCUAUAUGUCAAGGGCUGCUACCACUGAGCUUAUAUUUUGCAGGGAGGAACUGAUUCUCAGUGUGCUCUUUCUGUUAACAGAAGUCAAGUAAGCGGAGAUUGGUGUAUCAGAGUUGACUGGACUUUAUCGCAGCUUCAUAGUACAGCAUUUUCUUGGUACCUGUUCCUCUUCACAAACUGUAAACCUAACUUGAGCACAUCAGAGCCAUUCUGAAUGACUUUUUUUAAAUUAUGUUUGAUGAAAAGGUGGAGGCACAUUAAAGUAGUGGCAGCUUUCAGGACAUUUCAGCUACGGGUUGUGUACACAGUUGCUGUGUGUAUGCUUGGUAAUCUGUGAAAAUGUGCACUGGUAUGUCUGCCUUGUUUAUGUGCUUAUGUUCAUGUGUGAGCUAAACAUAGAGGAAAUGCUUGACUACAUGUUGCAAUUCUUAAUUUGCUUGCAUGCAUGGAGAAAUGGGUGUGUAGUAGACCUUUGAGUGAGUGUGAUAUAAAGAUUGAUAAAGCAUUUGAUUGAUA